UUUGCAGAUAGCAGACCAAAACUUGUUGCUGGUUCAGUUGAAGGUUAUGUUGGUCAUGUUGAUGGUAGGCCACGGGAAGCAAGGAUGAACCGUCCGAAGGGACUCACAAUAGAUGAUAGAGGAAAUAUUUAUGUUGCAGAUUCAUUGAAUAUGGCAAUUAGAAAAGUUAGUGACACUGGUGUCACCACUAUUGCUGGAGGUAAGUGGAACAAAGGGGGCCAUAUGGAUGGGCCCAGUGAAGAUGCAAAAUUUUCAAAUGAUUUUGAAGUAGUUUACAUUGGAAGCAGCUGCUCUCUUUUGGUUGUGGAUCGUGGGAAUCAGGCAAUUCGGGAAAUCCAACUUCAUUUUGAUGACUGCGCAUACCAGUAUGAAAACAGUUUUCCACUAGGAUUGGCAGUGCUCUUUGCAGCAGGGUUCUUUGGCUACAUGCUUGCUUUGCUGCAACGACGUGUGGGAGUAAUGAUCUCAUCACAAGAUGCUAAUUAUCAAGAAAUCCUGAAGGCUUCUGCUUCUAUAAAAUCACGCAGCUCUGUAUUGCAGAAGUCAAGUUGGGAAUCUGGAAGACCAACAUUGCUCUCAACUGAGGAUGAUUUAAAGAAGCAAGAUGAAGAAGAAGGCUUCUUGACCUCAAUGGUAAAGCUUCUAUCUGGUGCCAAAUCAUCCUUGGCUGAAAUCGUUGGAGCAUUGUUCAGUAGGAAAACUCAGGCCAGUGAACACCAAGUUGCUCAUCGGCAGCAACAGCGGCCGAACUCAUGGCCUGUGCAGGAGAGCUUUAUCAUCCCCGAGGAAGAUGAGCCUCCGCCAGUCGAGGCUAAGACGCCAACCCCUCGUAAAACCUAUGCCUUCAUGUCCAAGAACCAAGCAAAGAUCCACCAACUUCGGCAGGGGCAGGCUUACUUUAACCACUGGGAUGGGAAGAUGCAGCAACACCAACAACAUAAUCAGCAGCAGGUGCACCAGCACCAGCAGUAUUCCUUGGCCCCGCAAACUUACUAUGAGCAGAACUAUGAGGCUACGAAUGAGGUUGUCUUUGGAGCUGUGCAAGAACUGGAUUGCAGUCCUCGUCCGGUGGAGUUUAAAGCAGAAAACUAUAGGGACAAGCUCAAUGAUCAGUAUGGCCUGCGCUCAAGGGUAGGUUACAAUGCUUACUGCAAUGGCUACUAAGUAAUAUCUGGUGUUUUGAAUGUCUUAAUUUCAAUAUACCCUGCUUUAUAUGAUCAAACGUUCCUCUGGAAAGUUUAGCUCUUCUAUAAGAUUUUCCCAUUUCUUCUGCUUAUAGAAGCUAGAGAAAGAUACUGCACGCAAGGUUGUAAAAAAAAUACUCCUUCACUGUUUUAUUGAUUCUAGUUAUCUC